AUGAAUGAAAUCGCAAGUGGAGCGAAAAUCAAACAAAGAUCUCCAACAGAUGCUAGCAGGCCUCUAAGCUCGGCCUUACCGUGGAAGGUUUGGGUCAAGAUCGAAGGUAACCCUUACAACAUCAAUCAGCCAAUUUCGAUUCAGUUCAAUGAAAUGGAUACAAUUGAUGACUUGAAGACUAAAUUAUUGGAAAGGCUGAACCCUAGUAGAUGGAGUCAAUUUGUUGAUAAUACCUCAAUUGCUAUAGGAAUAUAUGGUACUAGUACUGAGCUGGAUGAGACGCCAAUAAGUGCCACGAGCCCUAUAGAAACUGAUUCGUUUCUGAAUAGAAGCAGACGCUUUUUACCUCCCGAGUCGACUCCAUCUCCUCCUUUCAGUUUCGAUAAGCCAAGCAACAUGAAUCCAACAAAUACCGCAAGCACCAUUGGCAGUCCGCACAGAUCACGGUCGAAUAGCUCCGGUAUAGCUGCAGUGAUACCAAGAUCACCACUGGUACGAUAUUCCUCAAUUUUACCAUAUUGUAAUCUGCACAGCUAUCAGCAAUCAAGAUCGGAGUUCAGUAAUGUACCUAUGCCUUUGAGCACAUCUCUGAACACCGCAAGGGGAAGACACAUUAGUAUAUACAAGAAACCUUUCAAAAUGAUUACGGAGAGGGAUGCGUUGGAUCCAAAUACAGAGCAACAGCAGAUAAUAUUUGAACCUGAUGCAUUGGUGGUUAAUAUAUAUGCUGAUUUAUUCGGCUAUAUGGGUUCGCAAAGGUCUUCGGAAGCUUUAUCUGUUAUAGCGAAUAAUUAUGAGGAUUCUUAUAUCCCCGCAACACCAUUGGAAACGAUAAAUGUGGCGACCUUUAUUCCCACCAAUGAAGAAAUUGCGAGACAGAUAUUGGAAUCUGAUGAGCCAAAUGGUAAGGAUGAUGAAUUUUCUUUACAUACUCCACCGCCACCCGACUUGAACAUAGUAGAUGAACCAGAGGCACCUCAAUUAUUAAAUAGUCAAUCAGAGCAAGAAGAGACAGGACGUGAAUUUAAGUUCAUUACAGACGAAGAACAGCUUUUGAAAGAGUCACAAAGCUUUAAAGAUACAGAACAAAGCUCUGAACACCCCAAACCUGCUAUUCUGCUGCUCCCGAAAGGCUAUACAGGGGACGUUGAUUUUAGUGAAAAUAGCCCAAAGGAUGAUUCCGCACCAUUUCCUGCAUCUCAAGUUUCAACACCCAAAGCUAGUGCUAAGCCAGAACUUACACUGACUAUUCCACCUUACGCACCAUUGGACGAAAAUGAAGUAGGACUAAUUCAUCCACUACUGGAAUCUGAAAGGCAUAAAAUGGAGGCCUCACCUGUUAGUUUCAAGGAGUUGGGUAAUGAAAAAUCUCGACCCCCAACAUCGGAAUUUGGCCCCCAUACCCAAAUACCUGAUAGGACUACUAAUUCAACAUCAACAAACACAAAGGUUUUUCCAAAUAUUACUGUUCUUAUCGUCGAAGAUAAUGUUAUCAAUCAGACAAUCCUGUGUUCAUUUUUGAGGAAGCAUAAAAUAUCUUACAAAGUUGCCAAAAAUGGGCAAGAAGCAGUAGAAAAAUGGCAGGAAGGCGAUAUAGAUUUAAUUUUCAUGGAUUUGCAACUACCUAUAUUAUCAGGAACAGAGGCUGCCAAGCAAAUACGCGACUUGGAGAAGAAAAAAGGAUCUUCCAAAGUAGAAAGCGAUAAACCGACUAAAAAGGCACCUGUAAUUAUAGUCGCUUUCACAGCAUCUGAUUCACAAAGUGUGAAAUCGAAUGCACUGCUAUCAGGUUGUAACGAUUAUUUAACAAAACCAGUCAAUUUACAUUGGUUAAGUAAAAAAAUUAAUGAAUGGGGAUGUAUGCAAGCGUUGAUCGAUUUUGAUGCAUGGAAAGAGGGUCAAAGUAGAAUGACAGAAAGACUUUCGAUGAAGAAAUCUCCCAAGAUUCCAGUGAAACCCGAAAUGAAGCAUUCUUCAUCUAGUCACCGAAUCAGAAGUUCAAGCAAUGGCUCAUCACAAUCAAAAUUAAGUGAGACCAAAAACAGGCCUAAGCUUCAUAGCAGAAAACCGACAGGAACCGGAAUUACAUGCGAAAAGUGUUAA